AUGGGACUUUUGGAAAUUAUCAAAUCAUUCAAAUCGCCGGGUGGAAAAGAAAUUCGAAUUCUUCUUCUCGGAUUGGAUAAUGCCGGAAAAACAACUAUUCUGAAACAAUUGUCAACUGAAGAUAUUUCGAAUGUAACUCCAACAAAAGGUUUCAAUGUAAAAACAGUUGCUGCAAGUGGAGAUAUUCGAUUGAAUGUUUGGGAUAUUGGUGGACAAAGAGCUAUUCGACCAUUUUGGAGCAAUUAUUUCGAAAAUACUGAUGCUCUUAUUUACGUCAUCGAUAGUAAUGAUAAAAAACGUUUCGAUGAAACUGGCGUCGAAUUAAGCGAACUUUUAGAUGAAGAGAAACUCAAAAAUGUUCCAGUUUUGAUUUUGGCAAACAAACAAGAUUUGGCAACAGCCGCAAAGGCUUCCGAAAUUUCGGUUCGGUAAGCUUCUUUUUUUUUUGAAAAAUGACAGGUGAUAAUUGGAAAAAAAUUCACUUGGAAAAAAAAAUUCAAAUGACUGACUCAUAAUAAUUAUAAGUUAGCUAUACGAAUUUUCAUGAACUCUAUAAUCAAAAUUUGUUUUUAAAAACAUGAUUAGAAAAGAAAUAAUCGUGAGAACACCACAAACAAUAGGAAAAUAAUGAAUCUAAAAUAAAUACAGAUUAAUAAGAGUAAUCAGGUGUAUCCGGUUUUCUAUCAAUUUAAAAAUAUAGAUUGAGAGACAUCUGGAGCGGGGUUUCCCAAAAAUUUAGAAAUUUAAUUUUUAAGCCAAUUUAUUUUUGUCCAAAAACACAUCAUACAAUCAUAUUUGAUAUUUGUUGUUGGCAGAUGUUUUUUUUUGUGUAAUUGUGCGUCACAGUGCACGUGUGUUCCAUCCCGCUCCCACGUUUUCAAUAAUUUUUUGAAAAAGAAAUUACAUAAGCGAAAUAAUUGAAACCAUUUUUUAAAAAAUAUAAUUGAGACCAGAAUAAAACAACACUCAUAAUUGAAACAUAAUAUUUUUAACAACUAAAAACAAAAUACAGAUUGAAAUUGACGGAAUUGCGUGAUCGUAGCUGGCAUGUUCAAGCUUGUUCAGCAUUAACAAAUGAAGGUGUUUCGGAUGGAAUCAAUUGGGUUGCUGAUAUGAUUCGUAAUAAAAAAUAAUAAUUUUAUUAAAAUAUUUGCCCAUUUUUUCUGCCCAGGAUUCUUUCUUUCUUUCUUUUUUGGUUUCAUUCCCUUAACUUUACAUAAUCAUUUUUUCAAUAUAUCAAUAAAUAUUUUUCCUUUUAUUUUUUGUUUUUGUUUACAUACAUAAUGCAUGGAUAAAUUAAUAACUUUCCAAAUAUAUUGUUUUUUUCAGACACUUAUCAGUUCUCAUCCAAUUUCUAUCGAUGUAUAUAAAAAAGAAGUGCAAAAUGUAAGUUUUUAAAAUAUUUAUUUUUGUGAGGAAAAAUUGAAAAAAUUUUUAGGCCGUUGAUUUGCUGUACAAAGCUGAUCAUUUUCAUUAUUUCUUCACUGAUCGAGAUGGAACACUUAAAUCAUAUUCAUGUAGUUAUCCAUCUAGUAUUCAACCAGCUUAUUCUGGAGUUAUUCAGGUAAAUUAUCAAAAUUCCAAAAAUUUAUUUAAAAAAAAAAACUCAAAUUUCAGGCUCAAUUUGCUCGUCGAUGUGCUCAAACAUGUUGUAUUUUAACAACAGCUCCAUUAAUGCAUAUUGGUGUUCUUGAUGUUUCAACAAUUCCAUUUGGUCAUUAUUAUAUGGGUGCUUCUGCUGGAAGAGAAUGGUUUAUUGAUCCAACAAAUAAAUUCAAGGAUACUUCAAUUAGUGAAGCAGUUUUGAGUCUUCUCGAUCAAGCUUUUGCAAAAAUCUCACAUCUUUUGGAACUCAAAGAAUUUAGAAUGUUUACUUGGGUUGGAUCUGGAUUACAGAAACAUUAUGGACAUUUGACAAUUGCACAUCAAGAUGUUUAUAAAAGUGUGAGCGAUGAGAUGAGCAAAAGAUUAUAUGAGGAAAUUGAGAAAAUUAUCAAAGAAGUUGAUCCAACUGGAGUAACUUUGCAAUUGAGUUUGGUUGAUUUGGAUAUUAAGGUUUAUUUGAAAACCAAAAUUGAUGGACAAAUAUUUGACAAAGGAGAUGGACUUCGAAUGUUAUGUGAAAAAAUGAAAUGCGAUUUGAAAGAUGGAAAUGUAUUAGUUUGUGGUGAUUCAUCAACUGAUCUUCCAAUGCUUCAAGAAUGUUUGGAUCGAAAUGCUGAAGGUGUUUACACAAUUUGGGUUACAACAAAUGAUAGCCUGAAACAAAAGGUAUUUUUUGUUUUUGAUAAAAAGUUCGAAUUCAAUGAACCAGUUUAUAGGUUCGAGAAUUAUGUGCAAAAUAUAAAAAUGAUCAAAUUGCAUUUGUUUCUUGCCCAGAAGUACUUUUAGGAGCAAUGGCACAAGCAACAAUUCGAGAAAUAAGCAUAAAUAGAACACGUAAAAUUUCAACACGAGAUGUUCUGGCUAUUUAG